AUGCAAGCAUUAACACCAAGUUCAGGAGGAGGUGGAGGAGGUGGAGUAGGAACAGUUCUGAUUAGAAUGGUACAACAAGAAGGUUUUCUGAGACCAAUUCGUGGUAUGAGCGUAAUGGUUGUAGGAGCUGGUCCUGCACAUGCAUUAUAUUUUUCGUGUUAUGAAUUUAUUAAAAACAAACUCCUGAGUUCAAGAACAAAUCCUAAUUUAAAUUUAGCUGCAUAUGGAACUGCUGGUUGUUUGGCAACACUUCUUCACGAUGGUAUAAUGAAUCCAGCAGAAGUGGUUAAACAGCGAUUACAAAUGUAUAACUCCCCUUAUCGAAAUGUUAUGACAUGUAUAACAAAUAUAUACCGAAAAGAAGGUAUAUAUGCAUUUUAUAGAAGUUAUACAACACAGUUAGCUAUGAAUGUGCCUUUUCAAAUGAUUCACUUCAUGACGUAUGAAAUUGCACAAGUUUUCACUAAUCCUGACCACACAUAUAAUCCAAUUGCACAUAUGGUAUCAGGUGCAUUAGCAGGAGCUGUUGCUGCUGCAGUCACAACACCUUUAGAUGUUUGUAAAACACUUCUAAAUACACAGAGUGGAGUCCAGGUUCAAGGCAUGACAGAUGCUAUUAAAACAAUUUAUAGAUAUGGGGGUUUACGUGGUUAUUUCCGUGGUUUGAAUGCUCGUGUCCUUUAUCAAAUGCCAGCAACCACUAUUUGUUGGUCAACAUACGAAUUUUUCAAAUAUAUACUACAUAAAAAACAAGGCGAUGGACAUCGCAGUCCGGAAGUUGACAACGAUUAUGCAAGUGGCAUUAAUCAGAUUCAAGGUACUUCUAGGUCUAGUCGUUUUCAAGAUAUGAGUGCAUAUCUCAACAAGAAUGCUCCAGCUUCAGUGUUACUUGAUGUGACUACAAGAUAG